UUUCUGUUGAAGCGACGCAGAUGCGACGGCCAAAGGACGGACGUAGCGCGAGCCCGCGCGCCGAGAUGGGCCGCCAUACGAUGCACACGCCGACAGAGCUCGUGCUCUUGCGCGGCGAGCUACCAACGUCGUUUGCUGGUGCGCGUCGGCGCCCCGACGUAUCGCACCGACCAGCGUCGGCCGGACCAACCAUGCUCCACGUGGUCGCGACGCCGGUGCAGGCGGCCAUGCAGCAGCGACUGGUCUUGUCGCCGCGCGCCGACCCGGCGACGGCGUCACCACCACUGGCGAUGCGACCGGCGCGCGCUGCCUCGGCGGCACCCACACGCCCGCAACAGCAAGCCAAUCCUCGAAACCUGCUGCGGCCAAAGAGCAGUACGGCCCAGCGCAAGCUGUUGCAGACAAGCCCAGACGAUACACUUGGCACUACGAGCGAUCGCACAGAACGCGACAACAACAACAACCACGACGACGAUGCCAAGCUGGCGCCACGACCCCCCGCGGCGCGCCAGCCGCCGUUGCAGCUGCACGAUGUUGGCGGCUCCAACAAGCGCUUCAAGAUGGCAGCGGUGGUCAUUGGCAUGACGGCAAAGCUCGACCUUCGCCCCGAUGCUACCGUCGCGACUCCCGAAGGCAAUGAUGACGACGACGCAACACUCCACGAGAGAAUGCGGUCGCGUAUCGCACCCAAGCACACACCGCGAGAGCAGCUUCGCGCCUACUUGGAGGCACCGUCCCAGAAAAAAAGCGACACGUUUUACUACGCGGUGCCGGCGCACCAGCUCCAGCCGUUCGCGCGCUACGACCCGUACACGCUCGUGCCUGUGCCCUUUCACACUGUGUACGCCAACCACGCGCACAUGACGACGCCCGAGCCGCUGCAGUUUACGAGCGACGACCGCAUCAUCGACACUCACAUCAAGUGUGACUUCUACGUCGUUCAUGACACGGGUCUGCUCUUCUACUGCAAGGCGAACGCGACCGUCGAGUACCAGUCCAAAGCCGAGUGGGACCGCGAGUGCCAUGUGUUUGCAGCGGUCGCCAACAUAGCCCUUUUUCAAAAGUACCGCGGGCUCAAGGCACUGGUGUGCUGGAAGCGCUACUACCGCCAGCACAAGUUCGCUGCUGCCCAAGACGCCAUUGCCGACAAACUCUACUUUUGUAACCCGGUCUUGCAUGCGACCAUGGUGCACAUUCGCAACAAACUCUUGCCAUUCACGGACCUGACGCUCUUUGAACCGAUCAACACCGGUGUACGUGCCCCGGCAGCCUUUGUCCACGCCCACCGGCUCCGCGUGGUGGAGACGGCGAGCCGUGUGACCGACCUCGCAAAUGGCCUUCGCGAUCUCCUCGCAACGAUUGCGCGCGAAUAUUUGGCGCAAUAUUCCACCACCGAGUCGGUCAUCACGCACGCCGAGACGUGCUUUACGUCUCGAAAGAGCACUGUCUUCCACGUCGACCAGCUCCGACGCACGUCGGGUCACCACUCGCCGCCCAAGCAACAAGACCACCUCUUCCCGCUCGCGCAACAAGACCACCUCUCUCUACCCAAACAUGACCAUGGCUCCCCGCCCAAGCAGCGCCGCCACCGACUCCAGUCGCUCGUCUCGGGCACCACCACCGACGUUGAUAUGAACGCGAUCCGCGCCGAGCUGCAACGGAACCGGUUCCGCUACCAAGUCAGCGAAGCCAAGCGCACGCAUGCGCCAGCGGUCGACCAGGUCAAAUGGUCGAUAGCGGCCGUGAAGCGCGCGCGCUGCCUCGAGCUUGCGCAUUUUAUCACCCGCGUGGACUUUAUGUUGCUCGACCUGUACCAAGAAAUGGUCGUGCGCAGUGCCCACCACCUAGUGACGGUGCUUUCAACGGGAUCGGGCGCCAAAGGCCCGUCGCUUUUGCUCUCGAAAGAGGCGUAUAUCAAGGCGUACCGUCGCUUUGACACGUUUGGCACCGAAUCGAUGAACACGGCGCAGCUCACACGCCUCUUGCAGUUUGUGUUUGACGGCAAGCUGCAAGGCGACGCCCUCGAGCAUCGUGUGGCGGCGUUCAUCGCUGUCUUUGACAGCAACGGCGACGGCGACAUUAGCCUCGAUGAGUUUUCGCAUGGCCUCGAUAUCUUGCUCGACCAAGAACGCAUGCUCGCCAUCGAUCCCGACUCGAUGAGCGUCUUUGAAACCACACAAAAGGUCGACAUGUUCCGCCCCGAGCCGCUGUUUGAAGUGGCCUUGAGCCUCGAUGGCGACGAGAAGCUUGCUUUUACACCGCCGUUAUGCGAGCUCGGACAAAGCGUAUCCGCGACGCUCAACGGCUUCUUUGACGUGUGCGCCUACGUAACGCGGCUCGUGCAGUGCCCUGUGCUACUGCCGUAUCUCACGUUUGCGUACCAAGUGCGGUCGACCGACGUCGGAGCGAUGCCAUUGGACGAAAUGGAAGUGACGCGCGUGCCGUCGCUUCUCCACGAACGCGCGAGCCAAGACGUGGCGUUCGUCUUGGUCGCGUCGCAGAUCGACGAGAUUCUCAAGGACGCCAUUUGCGCGGCAAACGCAUACGCCAAGUGCUUUGAAAAGCUGCGGAUGUCGCACGUCGUCAACAAUGGCAUCGACUUUGACCUUGUCGCAUCGCAGCACCGUCAUGGCAAGUACCCGCUCGCACUCAUGCAAGCCGAUAUUGAGCGCUUCCAGCACGAUCAAGCCAAGCUCGACGACCUUGUCAAGCUUCAAGACGUGCAGCUCAUUCGCGUGCACACGCUGGGCCUCAAGGCGCAGCUCGUGCCAUCGCCGUCGCGGUGCCUAGAAGAAUACGCACGCGUCCUACCCAUUUUGGCGGAAGCCAACUGCAAGGAGCUGCUCUCGUACAUUGAAACAGCAUCCACCAAGAUCCAGCGGCCCGCGACCAAGACACUGGACGCAUUCGUGACGUACCUUGUGAACCUCCAAGAGGUCAACGAAGAGCUUUUGACCAAAGACCACGAAGCGGCACAGAUUACAUCGUACUUUGAAGUGUUGCGCAUCGCCGGCUUUGCCGUGCCCGACCAUACGCAAGCCGCAUACGAUCUCUGUGGCCCGGAGCUCUCGACACUCAAGGCCAACGCGACAACGUGCCUUGCGCGGCGCGACACGGACAUUCGCGAGUACGCAGGCCUUCUUACGCAGACCGUGGAGCACUUGGACGCCAACAUUGAGUAUUUGGCAUCCGAAGCGAGCGCGGACCAAGUGUGCGACGCGGCCAUGGACGCGGAGAAGGCCCUUGCGUUUGCAACGCACAUUCAGGAAGCGGCGCGGGACCACGAGCUCAAGGCGAAGCGUCUCGUGUACAUUCGCGGUCUCUUCAACUCGCUCUUGCACAACGUGCUGCCAGCGAAUGCGCUCUUCCCGUCGCUGCCGCCCUUGCUGCACGACAUUUCUCUCAAACACGAUGUGUGGGCGCUGAUUGCAGAGACGGAAGAGACGCUCGCGCGCUGGGGCCCAAGCGCGCUCCAGGACCUCCCCAUGAGCGAAAUGAAUCUGCUAUUGGAGCAGCUCACCGACAUUCUCGAACGGAUGGUGGACAAGUACGCGCAUUUGCCCGUGACGCGGCGGCUCAGCGAGCUCCACUCGUCGCUGGCGCACGUCGCCCCGAUCGUCCACGAUCUCUGCAGCGAGCAUCUCGAAGAGCGGCAUUGGCAACGCCUCGAAAACAAGCUCGGCGUUCACUUCGAGUACGAAGUCGACACGUUUGCAACGACCUCGACGGCGUCCGCGUACCGCCAUUCGGAAAUCUCGCUGUCGUACUUGAUGUCGCUCAAGGUCGAGUCCGCCAAGGACGCGAUUCAUGAGGUGGUCCAGGAGGCCGUGACCGAAGCUGCGAUCGGCAAGAGUCUGAACGAAGCCAUCAAAGUCUGGGAGACCAAGGACAUUCCGUUUCUGCCGCGGCUCGUCGACCACGACACGCGUGAGAUCCUCGUGCUCGGUAACACAUCCGACGUCCUCGCGAUGCUCGAAGAGUCCGACGUGCUCCUGCAAACGAUAUUGGGUUCGUCGUACAUUCGGCCGAUUCAGGCGCUUGCGCUCAAGUGGCGCGACGAGGUGGCCACCAUGAAUGAUCUCAUGCUGCGUCUCGAAGAGUGCCAUCGGUACUGGGACCAUAUGGAGGUGUUUCUCUCGUCCGAAUUCAUGCGCGCGGUGCCCGAGCAAGCCAUGACAUACAGUCAACUGGAGAAGACGUGGAAGGCCUUAGUCGACAAGAUCAGCCGAAAUCCGUCGCUGCUCCGAACCGCGCGGGCGACCGGCGUCAAAGAGCAGCUCGCGGCGCUCAACCACGGGUUUGGCUCGAUCUACAAGCUCCUCGAAGGGUACCUCGCGGUCAAGCGGCAGAACUUUCCGCGCUUUUACGUGCUCUCGGACGCCGAACUCGCCGAGCUCAUUUCGCAAUGCCGGGACCCGCGCCAUAUUCAAAAGUAUCUGCACUGCGUCUUCCCGUGCAUUGGGUACCUUGAGUUUGGCGCCGAUGACAAGAGUCAAGACGUUGUCGCCGCGCAUGCCCCGCGGCUUCCAUACCCCGAAGUCAUUGUCCUCGGCAAGAAUCUCAAAGCCAGAGGGUACGUCGAGCAGUGGGUCGCGGCCGUGCACCGCCGCCUCCACGAGCGCAUGCAAAAGAUGAUCCGGGACGCUGUACCGUUCUGGCUCACUACUCUCGACCAGCCACUCGAGUUUGAAAUGUUGCAAGAUACCGCCCUCCAGUGUCUUCUCGUCGCCCAAGACGUUGUCGUGUGCCAUCACAUGGCCGCCGCGCUCUCGCACGCGACAACGUCGACGUUGACCGCCAUGUCGGCUGCCCACGGAAGCCGCAUAUCGAAGAUGGUGCAAAGCCUCUCGGUAGUCUCACAGCACGCCAGCGUCAUGGCGGCCACGCUGCUCUUGCAACACUUAUACUACCGCGAUGUCAUGGCGGGUCUCAGUGCGUCCAACGGCCAAGACCAUUUGCGCUAUUCGGUGCAGGAAGACUCGGGUGACGUGUUUGUCGAGCUCUACGAUGUCCGCGUGCCGUACGGGUACACGUACUACAACCCGACGCGCAGCACCCUUGUACUGUCGCCGCUCACGGCGCGCUGCCACCUCUCGCUCUUUGCGACGCUGCGGUCGUUCCAGUCAACGCUUAUCUCGGGACCGAAGACGUCGGGCAAGACGACGCUGGUGCACAUGGUGUCGCGGGCCGUCGGGCGCGAGCUGUUGCAAACUGUUUGCACGCCACUGAUGCGCCCUUUGCAGCUGGAACAAUUGCUGACGGGGAGUCUUCUACUCUCGGGCACCUUGCUCUUGCGGCACGUCAACGUUCUCUCAAGCUCGCUACUACAGUACCUUGCGCAGCUCAUUUCCACCAUUUCGAACCAUGCCAUGGCCAAGCGCCACGUUAUCACGCUCGACGACCGCGAGGUGCACUUUGGUAUCGGUGCAAGCGUCGUGAUGACGUCAUCGUGCCUCGCAUCGGCCGCGCAUCGACCUGCUUUCGCAGCGCUCCUCGAGCGCACAAUCUCGUUGCCCAUCAUCCCGCUUGAGAUACAAGUGGCCAUGCAUGCGCUCUUGUACAGCCAUGGCUUUGACGACGUCGCCGACGCCGCCCGGAAGCUUGCGAGCGUAUGGCGCGAGCUCCAAGCCGUGAUAGCGCGCGAGGCGCCUGGGCUCCGACAUGUCGCCACGCUUGCAUCUGCGCUGCAGGCCCUGCGACCGUUGGCGCUGCAGCGACAGAGUAACGCAACACUCGAGGAAGCCCACGGCUUGCAGACAACGCUACUCGCCUAUCUCAACGAGCACGUGCUCCCGACGGCGCCCGACGUGCACGCCCACAUGAUAGCGUUCGUCAAGGCGCUGUGGUUCAUGUCGCCGCCGCCCCGGCUGGUGGCGGUCGAGCCAUUGACCACCGCGAAUGCGAGUGUCCCCGACCUCUUUGCAUCGUGCUUGCACCAAGCGUACGAGAAACACCAAGUCGUGCUGACGCCAAGCGUGCAGGCGACGGCGACCCGGGCCGCGACGGCGGUCGCUAUGUUUCGCACGGUCGUCGUGACCGGGGCGCCGAAAACCGGCAAGACAACGACGAUGCAUGUAGUGGCCAAUGCGCUCAACUGUCUGCAGCCAAUUGUGCACGAGGUCUACCCGACGAUGGCCAGCUGGGGGCUCGUCAAGCCCCACGAUACCCGCUUUGUUCGCAUCAAGCGCCUCUUGCCAGCGGCGCUCUCGCUCGAUCGGCUGUUUGGGACGAGCGGCGACGCUGAGACAUCGAUCUUGAAGAUGCUCUUGCACGAACCGGCCGACAUUUCGAGCUGCCACUUUGUCGCGCCGCCCGACGAUGGGCCCAUCACGAUCCAGAACGAAGCACUGCCCCCGUUCGUACAAGAGCUCUUGACCUACCGACAGCGCAUCUGGGUGUGCUUGGACGGGGCACUCGAUGGCCCGUGGAUCGAGUCGCUUCUUGGCAUGGCGUCGUACAGCAGUGCCGGACACCUCGGGCUGCACCAGUUCCCGCAAGCAACCAAAGGGGUGGUUACGUGCGAGCCCCACGUCUCGCUACUCCUCGAAGCUGUCGCCCUCGAAAACGCGUCGCCAAGCUUGAUCGCCAACGUUGGUCUCGUGCACCUUCACGACGAUGCGCUCCACCAUCAUUUGUUCCAAGGGUUCGUUCGGGGGCUCAACGCGCGCCCCGGGGUGCCAUAUAUCAUCGCCGAGACGUGUGCCAAGUACCUCUGCGACAUAGCGUUCGUCGAUCGGGUUCUCGAGUGCCAAGGACAAGGUACUCUCGCGUAUCCCAUGGGCCCUGUGCACGCGGUACAGAACGUCCUCGCCUUGCUGCAAGCUAUGCUCACCAACCAGGCGGCGCUACCGUUCGACGCCAUCUUUCAAGCGUCGGGCGAUGCGAUGUUAGCAUACGCAACCAAAGUCGAGCUCGUGGUGCUCUGGAGUCUGCUGUGGGGCCUCGGUGGCGGCUUGGAUGCCCAUACCAAGCGCAUGCUGAGCUCGGUUUUGGAGCACCACUUCAAGCACUUGGACGAGGCAUGGCAAGCCAACGGGGCCAACAGUAGCCUCUACGACUGUCUCCUCGAUCUGCCAUCACAGCGCUUUCGAAAGUGCAAAGACCACCUCUUGGCUCCAAAUGCGCUCCUCGAUACACCGCUCUUUGCGGUUUACAUGCCCCGGGCCGCGAGCACCUUGGUGCACGUGGCCGCCAAGCACGCACUCCGCGGCGGCGCCCCGGUGCUCGUGAGCGGCGCGCCGGACGCAGGCACGUCGUCGUGUGUCGUGGAUCUGCUUCAGCGCCUCUCGGCGUUCUCCGCCCGCGGCCUCUCGCUGCUUGACACGCCGCUCGGACCGGUGACCGAAGACAAGACCCGGCUGGCCAACAUGCGCAUGAGCACGACGCUGCUCGUGUCGUCCAUGGCCGGGCGCAUGAAGCGCCGGCUCCAAAUCGCAAAAGGUGAUCCGGGGCGAAGAGACUCGACGUUCAUGCUGUCGCGCAAUGCAUCGUCGGACGCGACGACGACAGCACUGGACGCUGGCAACGUCGUUGCUACGUGCUUUGCUCUCUCGUCCGCCACGUCGUCGGCCACGAUCGAAGCGUACCUCGAACGGUGCUUGCAACGGGAGCGGCGCGCGGUGCUCGAACCACCGCCGGGCAAAACCAUGUUGCUCUUUCUCGACGAUCUGCACUUGCCGACGUCCAAGUAUCCGUCGCCGCACGCAACGCUUCGGUCCACUCUCGACUGCCACCACGUCUACUUGGGCUCUGCCGUCGAGCCCCAUACGAUCGAGCACACACUAUUGCUUGCGACUGCGCCGCUCAGUGUCACCUCGACGUUGACCGACAUGACGUUGCCGGUGGCGCGACUGCUCAGUCGGUUCUUCCCGCUGGUACUGGACACCAUGACGCCCACCGAUGUGUAUCAGCUGGUGCAGCCACUCUUUGCAGCGCACUUUGAGCGACCGGACGUGCGCUACCACGUGUCGAUUCGACAACAAGUCGGCGUCGUCCUGGCUGUUUCGAUCGACUUGUUUGUCAAUCUCCAGGCCAAGACACCCCACUUUCGCCUUCAGCACCUCUUGAGCUUUCUGCAGCACCUUGUGACGCCGAUACCAAACACGAUGGUGGACAUUGCGAGUCUCGUGCGACUGUGGUGCCACGAAGCACAACGUGUGUUCUACGAUGCGUCGCCGCUAACGACGACCGUGGCCAGUGAAAUCGACAAGAGUCUGAGCUUGCUCCGCGACCGGACCAGCACGACAACGUUGCCCAACGACGCGAUCUGGACGUACACCCCGCACGGAUUGCUGCCGGGUGCCAAAGAGCCCGCCGACGUCCACGCCGCAGCCCGCGCGAUGGCCCGUCGUCAGAGCUCCAAAUCACUCGUGUCGACGUCGCCCGUGUCACUGCCACCGCCCAUGGAGCCUCGCGAUACGCAUGUCUACGGAGAGCUUGCCACGGGCAGCGACGCGGUUGAAGCCGACAUUGGCCGUCUUCAAGCGGCCUUGGCGCCGCACACCCCGCCGUCCUACGUCCUCACCCCGUCCGCGGUACUGCCACUCUUGCGCCUUUGUCGACUUCUUGGCGCCCAAGGACGUCAGUGCCUCUAUGUGGGCGAGAUUGGCUGCGGCAAGUCAUCACUCGUGGCAUCGGCGGCCCACCUCCUAGGGCAUCGAAUGUUGCACUACACGGGAGGCGACGAGAGCUGGCGGCACCUGCUGAAGUGCGGCGUGCGCUGCGCCGGCGUCGAGCAAUGCGACGUGACGCUCGUUGUAGAACACAGCGUGCACAUGUCCGAGCGCUCACUCGACGAUCUCGUGCAGCUGCUUUUGGGCCGCGAAGUGCCAUUGCUCUUUUCUGCCGACGACCAAGACGCCAUGGCGCGGCAGGUGCGCGACGACAAGCUCGCACACUUGACGCACCAGCACGCCGAGCAGCUCACCAGUCUCAUUGGCGACAAACCGGAAGCGUCGCUCGAGCCAAAGCUGCAAAAGCAACACGACGCGCUUCUCAACGUACAGCACGGCGAGACGGACGACUUGCUGCGGCAGUUUGAAGCCAACGUCGAUGUCAACCUCGCAUCGGUCUUGCCCAUCACCAAAGCCAACGGUGUCUUGGCGGGGAUCUGGGCGGACAUUUUGCGUGCGGCGCAGCGCAACCUCCGCGUCGUUGUCGUCGUGACACCCGAGGACCUUCGGCGUCUCGUGCAGCGCGCGCCCAAGCUCGCGACCGCAGUGCCCAUUGCCACGGCGUCGGCGAUGCCCCACCCGUCGGUCCAUGCGAUCUGCCGCGGCCACGUGGUUCGGGCGUGGCAACGCCAUCAGUCGCGCGUCCUUCUCGUCGAGAAGGACGUUGAGGUCUUGGCCGCGAUCGGCGCCAUGUGCUACAUCUCCGCCUCGGCAAUCACUACGGGCGGUAUGGCUUUACAAAGCAUCGCCCUCUUUGCCCAUCAGGUAUUUGCUUCGCUCGAGCGCCUCUCGGCCGACGUGGAUGCCCAUGUGGUGCGACCCAAAGCGUACCUCGAGCUUGUCGCCAAGCUCCGUGCCGAGGUGGACCACGCCCAGGCAACCGAAGCGACACUGGUCGCCACGAUGGAGACGACGGUCGCCGGCAUCGCUGCGAAAAAGACGGUGCUCUCCACGCACCAACUGAGCGCGGAUCAAUUGCGCCAUCGUAUGCGGGAGCAAAAAUUGGACGUUGAUGCGCAUGUCGCAGCCACGAAUGAGAUGGACCACGCGACGCAGACCGAUCUCAAGGACGCCCUCCGGACGCUGGACGAUGCGAACGUGGCGGUUGCGUCCUUGGACAAGCGCUAUAUCACCGAGAUCAAGUCGUUCAUUCAUCCGCCGCUGCUGGUGCACCUCGUGUUGAACGCUGUGUGUGUCCUCUUUGACGUCGACCCGAGCUGGGAGAAUGCCCGGCGACUUUUGAGCGACGUCAACUUUGUCUCGACGCUCAUUGGCUACAACAAAGACACGGUGUCGGAUGCGAUUUUGGACAAGUUGUCGCCGUUCAUGGACGACCCGAGCUUCACCAAAGACGAAGUCGUCAAGCAAAGUGUGGCCGCAAGCACCAUGGUUGUGUGGAUCUCGGCCAUCUACGAGUACAGCCGCGUGCGCAAGCUCGUGCAGCCCAAGCUCGACCUCCUUGCGUCGUCGCAGGCCACCCUCCGCGAGCUCGUCAAGGCUUUUACCGAGUGCCAAGCGCAGCUCGACGCGGCCGAUGCGGCGUCAACCGACCUCGAAACCAAGAUUCAAAUUGAUAUGCAAGCCAAGAAAGAGCUGCAGGAGCACAUUGAGAGUGCUCGGUAUGUGGCCCGGCAAGGCGCGGCUGUGCUCUCGCUGCUAGCAGUCGAGACGGCUGCCAUGACGGCUUCGCUGGAUGCGAUGCUCGAGAUGGAGACGACGCUCUUGGUCGAAGCUGCGUUGACCGCCGCGAUUGUUGUCUACAUGCCCAGCGUCCAUCGGGAGGCGCGCGUGACGCUGCUGCACCACUGGCGCACCGAUGUCUCGGCGGCCUACCGCGUCCACCCGACGCUGUCGAUCGUUGCCGACGGAGCUCCGCCGCCCUGGGCGCGCUGGCUCUUUGGCAUUGGCCUCUUUCAUUCGGGCGUGCACAUGACAACCGCUGUCGCGCUGGCGCAUGCGGUGAGUGUCGUUUUGAUCACGAAUCUGUCGACCGAGAUGGACACUCUACUGCUCAAUGUGCUCUCGGUUGACGACGCACCCAGCGUCGUGCAGGCGACGGCAAAGGAGAUAAGUGCCGUUCUCGAGGCGUGUGCUACGUCGGGCGCUUCGGUUGUCGUCCACGAUGUGACUCCGACAACGUUCCCGACCGUGGCGGAUGCCGUGACGCGCGCCGAGGACGCGGCACGUAAGUGCCGCCUUGUAUGCACCUCCCGUCUGCCGUCAGCCGCCUUUGGCGACUAUGACGGACUCGUCGUCGACGCUGCCCUCGCGGCCGACACAGUCGAGGCGAUGCUGCUGGACGACAUGUGCCGUGAGAAUGUCGCCAACGCCAGUCGCAAGAGCGCCGGUUGCGCAACCCGCAGCCUUCAAGCCGCGAUGCUCGAGCUCCGCGACGGACACGACAGCGUCAUGCACCAUCUUCGCGACAUUCUAGCAACCCUCAAGUUUACGGCCGCUGACAUGGACAAGCUCAAGGACCUCUGCGCACACAAUAUGCGGAUUCGGUCCGCGAUGGCCGACGACGAAGCGGCACUGGCGACCGCCCUCAACGUGUACAAGUCGGCAGCGAGCCAGCGCUUGGCGCGCCUCGGUGCCCACGUCUUUGCGGCGCUGCCAACGCCAUUGCCGCUGCCGCUCAACGGCUAUCGCAAGCUCUACCUCCAGCUUCUGGUGCCGGACAAGUGGCGGUCCCCGGAAGAAUGGCUUGCGCUCGCUCUGGACCACCUCGCGCUCGCGAUCGACGCCUCCGAAUGGCCAGCGUUCCUAUGGCGACUGGCACUCCGCUGGCACGACGACAACGUCCCACCUCGACCAGCAUCUGGUGCUCUCUCGAUACCGUCCACGGCCGCGUCGACAACCACAAGCGGACUGCGCAGCUACACGCAGCUGCAACUCAGUGUCUUCCUACCCCGCAGCCUUGCCAAUGCAACGAGCCCGCACCUUCUCAAGCUCCUCCAAGCGAGUACGGCCGACGACCUUUUGACAGCGCUGCAAGAGCAAAUGCCAGCGGCCAAGCGACGCCGGCCACGGCCAGAGGGCCACGACACGAUCGAGGUGCUGAGUGCCUACUUGGUCGCUGCCUGUCCAUCCGCGGUCCAGAUGGCCCUCCUCUUGCAGCUGCUCUGGCCGUCGCCGCGGCUCGUGAGCUUCACAACCGAGUUUGUCGCGACAACCCUUGGGCUUGGGAAGCUCGAGAUGCGGCUGCCGCCCACAGUGUGGUACCUGCAAGGGUCGUCGAAGGAGCUAGCGCCCUACUAUCGCAGCAUCGUAACACCCGCGCUCCCGACCUCGCGCUCCUACCUCGCACUCAUUUUGGACAUGACGACGCCGAUGCCAGCGCAGCACAAGGCGCUGCACUCGCUUCUCCAGCGUCCUCCGCUCGCCGCGCCGGACGAGCCGUUUACCCUACCCGCGUUCGACUUGAGCUGGAACCAAAAGCUCCUCUGCGUCGCGUCCAUUCAGCAGCUUUUGCACCUCGACGACAACACGCCGCUCAUGCUAACGCAGUACAGCUGGCGCUGUCUCUACAUUGCAGACCCCGACCGGCUGCACGCGUAUACGCAGCACUACCGGCAUGACGAGAGACUCGUGGGGGCACUCGCCCGUGACGAAGCGCCACCGGCGCCGUCGGCGAUGGCCGAUGCGGCUACCUUGCACGUGUGGCACCCAACGACGACCGUGCCUUCCACGAUUGCACCGCAUCUCUGGACGAUGGCGCCACCGCGCGUCCCACCCUUUGCCCGGGCGCUCCGCGAGGCUGUCCUGCAGCUGGCGUCGAUCCCGUUCUCGCCGCGCGUCGCCGACGGGCUUCUCGGGGCGCCGCUCACCGACGGUGCUCGUAGCACCCUAGGCAUUGUGAUCUGGCGCGUCCUCUGCAGCCUUUGCUUCUUUCAUGCUGCGCUCCUGGUGCGACACGAGACGGUCAUUGGCGCGACGGUCGACGUGGCCCAAGUAGAUCCGAGCGAUUUGACACUCAGCGUGCUCGAGCUUGUCGGACCGGUGCUCUCAGCGCUAAUGCGACUGUAUGCCCGGCGGCGCGACGACGCGCCCGACCCGUUUAGCGGCGUCGACUGGCCUCGCUUGCGCCAGCGUCUUUUACGUAGCGUGUACCGCCGCAAGUGCAAGACCGACCGCGGGUUAGAGCUGCUUGAGAUGCUCUUGACCGAGGUGCUGGGCCAACACCUCGUGACGAUGGACGCGUCACGGCUGCAAUCACGCUUUCAGUUGCCGCUGCACAGCUUUUAUGGGCUCUUUCACGAUCGACAGGCGCUCUCGGCAGAGGACUAUGUCCGUCUCCUCUGCGAAUUCGCAUCGACUGCGUCGUUCGAGUGGCCCGAUGUUCGUGUUUGGGCCCCGCUGGCAACACCCAACGUGCACCACGUACUGCUAUCGACCGAGCACCGCGUCCAGGACGACGUCGUGGCUGCGUUUGCCAACUUUCUGCACUGCCUCCAAGAGCGACUGCCGAGUCCACUCGUGCUCAAACUGCACCCGCGCAAUGCGAGCAACAAGCCGACGCCGAUGCGCAGUCUCUGCAAAGCGGUCGUGCGAUUGUACCAAAGCGACAUGGCCACGUUGACAGCGACACUGCAAGCGCUCGCACCGCCAUCGGGUGUACGCUACAGUGAACUGCCCUCCCAAGCUACGUCGGACAUGACGCUGCUGCUGCAAGACCACGUGCCAUCGCGGUUCGCCAUGCAUGGCCUGCGCGUUGGCACCAUGUCGCUUUCGAGCUACUUGGAUGUGAUGGAGCGCCACGCUGCGUUUCUGCAAGCGUGGUGGGACGAAGACCAUGUCGAGUGGUACUGCCCGAGUGUGCCGUCGCUUGAUGAGCUACUCGAAACGUUCCUGCUCACUUACGGCGUGCAGAGCAAUCGCGACGUGGCACAGGUCUGCGUCGUCGUCGACGUCUUUGCGGCCUCGGCAUCGAUCCCCAAUGGGCAGCGGCGGUACGAGUCUAUGGUCCUCACGGGGCUCACGCUCCUCAAUGCGGCGCCCAAUGCCGCGCUUGGCAUUGACACGAUUGCUGGCCACGAAGCUUCCGUCAAGCUGCUCGUGCAUGCGGUCGAGACGCCGCCGACCGAUCGGCGCACGAUGACGUGCCCGAUCCUUGGUAGCCGCGUCGACGCGACGGUUCUCGGCACAGUGCCUUUGGGCGUGUCGGCACCGUCGGUGGCGACGUGUCCGGUGCUCGUCGUGUCGCCAUAAGAUACAAUAAACUUGUACUGUGUUGGACAAUA